CCGGGAGGGCAGUGCCGAACCGACCGUCAAGACAUGAGGAGUGCGACGCUCUGGUCCGCCCCUCGCUCCCGGCCUUGUAUCGACGUGGUGGUGCCGUGCCUCUCUGCCUGGCUGCACAUUGCUCACACUACCGACUAAUCAGUGGUGCACGGAAAGAAAGGAUUGCUGUUCACUUUCACUCUGGUGGGGGAGUGUGGAGUGGAGUGGCGGGGAAGGGGAGUGUUGCUGUUACUAUUACUGUGGUGGUUGCGGUGCAGGGAAGGGAGGUGAGGGAGUGACUGGACAGCUAAAGAACCAUGACCUGCACCUUCCAUCACCUCGUGCACUGUCGCAUGUAACUCUGCAAAACUCCCUCUCAGAGCUUCAGUGGAAGGGAAAGGUUCCAGUGCCCCUCAAACAUUCAUCCUCAACCGGCACCUGUAACUUCCCUCGCACUUCUAUCAUGACGUGAGCCCGACUGUGGGGCGAGACCAUGUUGAUCUGCGCACUAGCCACCCUCGUGCUGCCUCUGCUGGGCUCAGGCCUGGUGGCGCCGGUGGGCGGGGAGGCAGGAGGAGGAGGGAGGAAGACGCUGGCAGUGAUGGAGGUGGUGGAGGGAGCUGAAGGGGAUGGGGACGGCGAGGGCGAGGAGGGCGGGGAUGGUGGUGACUCCCUGCUGGCUUUCCCCGACGACUCCCCUGCCUAUGAGCUCGACCAGCCGUACUUCGAUUACGAGGAGAGCGCCAACGUCACUGCCUUGCUGGAGAAGACGGCACUGCUCAACUGUCGCGUCAAGAACAUCGGGAACCAGACGGUGUCGUGGGUGCGGCACCGAGACAUUCACCUGCUGACAGUUGGUCGCUUCACCUACACCUCGGACGAGCGGUUCUCUGCCCGACACACCGCAGGCUCCCAAGACUGGAUGCUGCUGAUUCACUACUUGCAGAAGCGGGAUGAAGGCAUCUACGAGUGUCAGAUUUCCACCACGCCUCCCGCCAGCCACUUCAUCCACCUUUCCGUCGUGGAGCCCGAGACAGAGAUCGUGGGCGGGCCAGACGUGUACAUCAACACCGGGAGCCGCCUCUCUCUCACCUGCAGCGUCAAAUACAGCCCAGAGCCGCCAGCCUUCAUAUUCUGGUACCACAAUGAUAAGCUGGUGAGUUAUGACCGGACGCGUGCAGGGGUGGUGGUGUCAACGGAGCGCGGCGUGGUGAGCACCUCUCGGCUACUGGUCCAGGUAGCAGACACGCGCCACUCCGGCAAGUACACCUGCUCGCCCGCCAACUCUAAGCCCAAGAAUGUCACUGUUCACGUUAUUGCCGGAGACCAGCCCGCCGCUAUUGUUCAUGAAAACCACGGCAGUGUCGGGUUACCCUCUCACUCCCUGCUCUUUAUUUGCCUUUUUUGCAUCAUGUUUUCGUUCUCCAUCAUCACCUUCACUUCUGUGUCUCCUUAAAAAAUGCAUUCUGAGAAACACACACACACACACACACACACACACACACACACACACACACACACACACACACACACACACACACACACACACACACACACACACAUACACACACAAUC